AUGAAAAACAUCCUUUCUAGGUAUACCCGUAUACCCCUAAACUAUAGGGCUUUCCUCUCGACCUUUUGUAGCCUUUAGGCUAGCUUACCCACAAAUUUAUAGCUUCGUUGUGUCAUUGUUAUGAGUUUGAUGGCUCGCAAUAAUUGGCAGGUUUUCAUUGUUUCACUGAGAGUGUGAGUUUUGUGACGUCAUAACGACAGUCUGGUCCCAUGGCUGAAGAAAGUUAAGGGACCUUGGUGCUCUACAGCCACUCUUUAUUCUCUUUCAUCGUUGUGGUUUUCUUGAAAUUGUUGCAGGUUUUGUGGGUGAGAUAGCAUUUAAGUUUGACGUAAAUUAAAUUUAAAGCACCCAUUUUGGUUGAAUCUUGGAUCGAAAAGGGUGGCAUUAAAGAUAGCAAAUGCAGACUCCAAAAACAAGCGUGAAGAGCUCUUCAGGCUCUGAAGGUGGUCGGAAGAUCUCUCCUCGAUCUGUUUCUUUAGAGACUAGACAAAAAACCACAGGUCGUGUUGUUCGACAACUCAAGACAAGUGGCCUUGAAGCAAACUCUUCUACAAGUAUUAGAACACCAAAAACAACAAGUAAUAAAACUCUUGAUCGCACAUCACCAAGAGGACUUGAUCCUGAGAAGAAACGUCAAGGGAGAGUUGCCGAACUUGAAACACAAAUUAGUCAACUGGAGGAUGCUUUAAGAACUGUUAAAGAUCAACUAAUUGUGUCUGAAUCAUGGAAAAAACAAGCCAAGUUAGACGCAGAAGAGUCGAGGAAAGAGCUUUUAGCCAUAACUUUAAAACUUGAAGAGUCUCAAAAGCUCUUGGCUUUGUCUUCUUCCCAUGAAACCCAUUCGAAUUACCUAUCAGCAGACGAGGAGAUACGUGUCUUGAAAGAGAAUAUGGCUCAACAGGUUUCGAUCAUGGAGGAAAUGAAGAACCAACUUGACGAUUCCAGAAGUUCAGAGUCUAAGGCCCAGACUUUAGCUAGCGAAACUUUACAACAACUCGAAACAGCAAAAAAAACAAUGGAGUCAUUAAAGACAAACAGUGAUGAUUACAACGCUAUUGUUUCGGAGCUACAGCAAUCAAGAGCACGCGUAAGUUCGUUAGAAUCGAUUAUUGAAGAAAUGAAUGCAAAAGAGAAACAAAGUGAAUCCAAAGAGAUUACUGAUUUGAAAGCUGAACUCGAAAAUUUGAAAUCUCGUCAAGCAUGGGAGAUUAAUGGCGAAUUGAGGAAGUCGAAAGAAGAUGUUGAUGCGUUGAGGGCGAAUUUGAUGGAUAAAGAGACCGAAUUGCAAUGUAUUCUUGAGGAGAACGAAGAUCUGAAUGCGAAACUGAAAAACUUGCGAGAAAACGAGGUGGGAAACACUUCAAAACAAGAUUUCGAGAGUUUAAAGUCGAAAUUGACGAGUUUAGAGACGGAAUUAAGCGAAAAGUGCGAUGAAAACGAGAUGCUGAAACUGGAAAUCAAGAAAAUGAAAAGCUCAACGGAGGCAAUGAAGAAGAACAAAGAUGAAGUUGCAAAUGUGACUGAACGAUUAGAGGCUGUGAAGAUGAGCAACUGUGAAAUGGAAGAAGAGUUGAGAAGGCUGAAAGUUCAGAUGAGUCAAUGGCGGAAGGCGGCGGAGGCGGCUACUGAUAUGCUUUGUGAUAAGAGCAGUGAUAACAAUGGGCGGAUGUUGGAGGAGAGAGCAUGGUCGAUGGGCCAUUUUAGCCCUAGGAAGAGGAUGAACAUGUGUUCACCUGGUAGUGUAGAGAUUGAUCAUGAUGAUGAUGAUGAUGAGUUUAUGAAGAGGAAAGAUGGUAAUAUGCUUAGAAGGAUUGGAGUGUUGUGGAAGAGGCCGCAGAACAAAUGAUCAUGAUAGAGAUGGUAUUGGUUGGAAUUUAAUUGAAAUUUUUAUGAACAUUUGUAAUUUUUUUAUUUUUAUUAUUAAAGAAGCAUUAUUGUAUUUUGAAAAUGCAAAUGGAGGCAACAACAUUGAAUAUUUCAACCAAUGGAAAUGUUAUUUAGGUGUAAA